CGUAAAGAAAGGUCUUGGUAGUUUCUCUUUACGGGAACGAGACGUAAAAAUCUCAAAAUCUUUAAUGAUUUGCUACUUUCAGGUCACAGAAAGCUUGGGGACUAAUCCAGAUCUCCCCUGA